AUGGACUCAUUGCGGUCAUUUUGGGAUGUUUUAUAUGUACCGGCGACAAAUCCAAGAAGACAAAAAGUGAUCUACCUGGCAACAGAUUGCAGCACUACAAUGGGCAAAUUUUACUUAAACUAUUGGGAGCAAUUGAAAUGGUUCAUGGAUAAUAACACAAACCCUAAAGUCGCAUCAAUCUUUGGGCUGAUACUUCUAGGUGAAUCUUUGAUAGAUAAUGAAACGGAAUAUUGGCUUGAAAUGAUUCAAAAGAAUCCGGCAACUGGGAAAUACUUUAGUUAUAAAGAAUUCUCUGGUAUCCAUGAUGAUUCAAUUAGUGAAUACUUUGGUCUUUGCGAACCGCUGCCAGGUGAACCUCCCGCAUUUCGAAAGUAUCAUAAAAUGAGUUUGGGGUCCUGUUCAAAUAACAAUUAUUUCUUAAAGUUUACAGCUGUCUCC